CUUUAGCUUAGUUUAAGUACUAAAGAUAAUACAUUAUAGGAAUAUUUUAAGUAGAAUGUCUGCAGGUAUACCGGUACGGUUAUUAAAUGAGGCUCAAGGGCAUACGAUUUCUUUGGAAUUGACUACGGGAGAUACUUACCGAGGUAAGUUAUUAGAAAAUGAAGAUAAUAUGAAUUUAUCAUUAUAUGAUGUAGUAAUUACUAAAGGUAGAACAGGAGCAACAACUUAUAUGAAUCAAGUAUUUGUUAGAGGUUCAAUGAUUAGAUUUAUAUCGGUACCAGAAAUAUUAAAAAAUGCUCCUAUGUUUUUUAUGAAACCAGGUGAUAAACCAAAACCUCCUGUUAGAGGUCCUCCACCCAAAAGGGUUAAACGUUAAUGAGUUUAAUUCAUUAAUCGUAUGCAUUUUAUGUAAAUUAGAAAUUGUAUAUUAAUAUUAUAAUUAUAAAUAAUUUUAUAAUUAUUAUCUAGAUUAAAUAAUAUAUUAAUUA